UCACCUCAAAUCAGAAAUUUAUUUUUACAUAAAAUGUUGUGAAGUUCUAGCUCGAUCCACAAUUGCUGUUCAAGUUUUUUUUUAAAUUGUGAAAAUAUUUCCAACUAAUUUUAAUUGAAAAGUACUAUGGCAUCACAACCGAAAAAAUUGAUGAAGAUUUUCUUCAUGCCGAUGGAUGGUGUUGGUCAUAUCAAUGCCUGUGUAGGAAUGGCUCAAGCAUUAGCCAAACGUGGACAUCAAAUUUAUUUCCUCACGAAUCCUAUGUUUGCUGGUUCAUAUUCGAAACAUGGAUUCCAGGAAUUUGUAUUGCAAAGUGAUGUCAAAAAACAAAUGCUUGCUGGAAAUGGAGAAAACAAUGACAAAAAAGCGCAUCCGAUCAAGGCAUUUGCUCCGAUGUUGCAAAAAAUGCGCGAGAGUGGCAUGUUGUCCGGCAAAACACCAUUUGAAAAAAUCAAAAUUUUCGACCCGAAUGAAGAAGAAGAAGUAGACUUGAUGGCAAAAAUAUAUGAAGAAAUGAAAGAAGUUCAUCCAAAGAUUGUAGAACUGAUUGAGCAAGAAAAACCUGAUUUAAUUAUCGUAGAUCAUUUUUUGGUACCUCCUUGUAUUGCAUAUGGAAAGACACCUUGGGCGUUUUUAUUUAGUGGUAAUCCUAUAUUUAUUUUGGAUCACCCAGAAUUACCUCCUAUAUCAUCAGGUUAUCCAACAAAUGAUCGUACUCAUUGGGAUGAAUUUCGUGAAAAAUUUUCCAAAGGAUUUCCAGCCGCAAUCCGUUAUCGUCAGAAUAUGCUAAACAAAGAUUUUGGCUACCCCGAUGUUCCUUCAAAUCAAUUCUUGUUUCAAUCACCAUAUCUAAACAUAUAUGGUUAUCCGGAAGAAUUAGAUUAUACUGAUUUGAUUACUUUACCGGAAACUUAUGUUCGUCUUGAUGCAUUCUGUCGAGAUUCACCUGAAUCGUUUGAAUUACCAACCGAAUUUAAAGCUAAAAUCAAACCUGGAGAUAAAUUGAUUUAUGUAUCAAUGGGCUCGAUGGGAUCGAUUGAUGUUGAUCUGAUGAAACGAUUAGUAGCUGAGCUAGUAAAAUCGCCCCAUAAGUAUAUUUUCUCAAUGGGACCCGCUCAUGAUCAAUAUGAAUUGGCAGAUAAUAUGUGGGGUGAGGGAUUUUUGCCACAGACAAAACUUUUGCCAUUAGUUGAUUUGGUUAUAACACAUGGUGGUAAUAAUACCGUAACGGAAACGUUUUCAUUUGGCAAACCAAUGAUUGUAUUACCAUUGUUCGGUGAUCAAUAUGAUAAUGCACAGCGCAUCACAGAAAAAGGAUAUGGAAAUCGCAUGAAUGGUUAUCUAUUUAAAGAAGGAGAACUCUGUCAAAUGAUUGACAAAAUGCUUGAUGACAAAGAAAUGCAACAACGAUGUUUAGCUGCUGCCAAACGAUUAAGUGCAACGAAUUCAAAGGAAAAAGCAUGCGAAAAAAUUGAGCAAAUUGUGGAACAAUUAUCAUCAAAAUGAAACAUUUGAAUUUUGAUUAGAAAAUUUUAAUUACAACAUAUAUAGAUGUAAUUAAAUGUUUUACUAUGAAAUAAAUUUCAAUUUA